ACGAUACUGAUCCGUAGAAGCGGCACCCAAAGACGAAGAGAGAGGGCGAGAGAGAGACAGGGAGGUGAUGAUGGAUCGCGUGCAGCUGCUUCUGGUGGGCUUGCCUCUCUUCCUGUUUGCUUCCGACGUAAUCCACCUCUUCAGCCGCCCUCCUCCCCCACCUCGGCACCACCACCAACCGCCAUUGAAACGACAUGUGCCUCCUCCUCCUGUCAUCGACGCCCCUCUCGAGUUCCCCACCUCACCAGUACUCUCUCUCUCUCUUUCCCCUUCUCGUUCACGCUCUUGGAGUUGUUUCUCUUAUUGGUUGCGUUUAUUUGUGAAGCAGGAAUCUCAGUAUGCAGGCCUCGGACUCGGCGUCGGAUCGAGCGUUCACAUUGACUUUUGUGCCUCUUGCUCCUACAGGGGAACUGCAGUAACAAUGAAGAAGAUGCUGGAAACUUCCUUUCCUGGAUUAAAUAUUGUUCUUUCAAAUCAUCCUCCCACUCUUCCAAAGCGCCUUCUUAGCAAAGUAGUGCCAGCUAUGCAGAUGGGAGUUAUAGCAGUUAUCGUGGCAGGAGAGCAAAUAUUCCCAAGACUGGGAUAUAUGGUGCCACCACCCUGGUUUUACUCCUUGCGUGCUAAUAAAUUUGGAAGUAUUGCAUCAACGUGGCUUCUUGGAAAUAUGGUGCAAUCAUUUCUUCAAAGCUCUGGAGCAUUUGAAGUUUAUUGUAACGGAGAGUUGGUAUUCUCCAAACUAACUUCACAGAGGUUUCCUGGUGAAAUUGAGUUGAGGGACCUUAUCAGCAAGAAACUUACUGCUUCAAAUGGUGGAGGCGCUGGAGCAAUGUGAAACUCAUUCGUGCAUGUCUAGUUGGGUAAAUGCUUGCUUAACUUGGAUUAGGAUGGUACAUUAACUCUUAUCUUCAGGAAAGUGUGGAUCAUGACUUCAUUUGGACUAGAACUGGAGAUGCAAGCAAGCUCGGGCCGUUGUCUUUCAAUUUUCUUUGGCUAGCAUUCGUGGAAUGCAAUCACGGAGUUGAUGAUUCCUGAUGGAUGGUAAAACGAGUUGCUUUGACUUUGUGGAACUAGUAGAGCUGAGUUGCAUAUACUUUCUUGAACUAGUAGAGAUCUGUGCUACAAUGAGUUAAAUAUACUAGAGGAAGUUCAUAUGAAUGGUGGAAAAGUUUGGAAUAAUGCAUGAAUUAUUUGUA